AUGCAUUUGAUAAUUCACAAGAAUGGUCGUGGCGGAAAAGGAAGCUUGUUCGUUUUUGCAUCCGGUAAUGGAGGUGCCAAUGAUGAUAACUGUAAUUAUGAUGGCUACACCAACAGUAUAUACACAUUAACUGUUGGAGCUGUUGAUCGUAAGCAUGUACUCCCCUACUAUGCCGAAAGAUGUACUGCCUUAUUAAUCACUACUUAUAGUAGUGGCAGUGGAAGUUAUAUUUAUACAACUGAUGUGGGCGUUAAGAAAUGUACAAAUUUGCAUGGUGGUACAUCUGCAGCUGCACCAAUUGCAGCCGGGGUUUUUUCAUUAGUAUUGCAAAUAAGGCCUGAUCUUACAUGGAGAGAUAUGCAAUACCUAGUAUUGAAUAGUGCAAUGACAUUUAAUUUAGAGGAUCCUGAUUGGCAACUAACCAAAGCAGGGCGACUUUACAAUUAUAAAUUUGGAUAUGGAAAGUUGGAUGCAUAUACUUUGAUCCAGAAUGCAAAAACAUAUAAACUAUUGAAUCCACAGGUUAACAUUGAGAUGCCAAUAAUUAACGUUACUAAACCUAUACCAAUGAAUCAAGAAGGAAUUAUUAGUAAGGUGGUUGUGAAGAAAUCAGAUGUUGACAAAGCAAAUAUGAAAAGAUUGGAACAUGUAACUGUGACUAUUAAUGUUAUUCAUGAGAGAAGAGGUGAUAUAGAGGUUGAUUUGAUAAGUCCAAAUGGUAUUGUUUCUACCAUUGGAUUACCAAGGAUGUAUGAUGAAAAUAUCGGUGGACUUAAUAAUUGGACAUUUAUGAGCGUUAAACAUUGGUUAGUAAGAAAUCCAAAAUUUAAUGGAAUAUUUGUAGAUUGGAUGUUGAAAUUAUGGGGCGAAAGAACUGAUAAUAAUGAAAGUGGCAAAAAUAGUAGUGAUACCAACAAUAAUUCAGAUAAAACCUCUACUACAAUAAUAACCAAUACCACCCCUUCAAGCAUUGCAGAUGAUGACAAUAAUAAGAUAUCAACAUCUACAAUACCAUCAUCACCACCAGUAAAUGAUGACGAUAAUAAGAUAUCAACAACAAACAAUCCUAUUUCAACAGAAACACAACCGGCUACUACAAAUGCAGCUGAUAACAACAACGAUGAUAGUAGCAGCAGUAGUAGUAACAGCAUCAAUAGUAAUUGGAUUUGGGGUAUUGGAGUAGUUAUGGCGUUUACAUUGGCAUAUAUGGUUUAUGCGACUAGGAAAUGGUAUUGGGAUGAUGUGAAGAAAAUAGUAUCUGAAGUAUUCUCUAGGAGAACAUAUGCAUCGGUGUUACGACAGCCAUCUGAUCGAACAUCUAAUGAUGAGGAUGGUGACCUUAUUCCAUUGACAAGAGGCAAUAAACAAUUCACGACAUCAAGAGAAUUAAAAAGACACAAACGAGUACCACUUCCACCACCUACUCCAUCACCAACAGAUAAUUCUCAUAAAUUCCUGGAUCCAGAUGAAAUUGGACAUGAUAUUAAUGUUACGGGCAUAUGGAAAGAAGGAAUAACGGGCAAAGGAGUUGUUGCUGCUAUUGUAGAUGAUGGAUUGGACAUGUAUAGUGAAGAUUUGGCUGAUAAUUUUUACGCAGAAGGAUCAUAUGAUUUCAAUGAUCAUAAUCCACUACCAAAACCUCGUUUAAUUGAUGAUACGCAUGGAACAAGAUGUGCCGGAGAAAUAGCUGCCGUGAAAAACAGUGUAUGUGGUAUUGGUAUUGCUCCAGAUGUCAAAAUAGCAGAUGCUGAUGAAGCGGAGGCUUUGAAUUAUAAAUUCCAAAAGAAUGACAUAUAUUCAUGUAGUUGGGGACCACCUGAUGAUGGGCAGUCGGCAGAGGCACCUCAAGGUGUGAUACUUAAAGCGAUAGUAAAAGGAAUAGAAAAGGGUCGUGGCGGAAAAGGAAGCUUGUUCGUUUUUGCAUCCGGUAAUGGAGGUGCCAAUGAUGAUAACUGUAAUUAUGAUGGCUACACCAACAGUAUAUACACAUUAACUGUUGGAGCUGUUGAUCGUAAGCAUGUACUCCCCUACUAUGCCGAAAGAUGUACUGCCUUAUUAAUCACUACUUAUAGUAGUGGCAGUGGAAGUUAUAUUUAUACAACUGAUGUGGGCGUUAAGAAAUGUACAAAUUUGCAUGGUGGUACAUCUGCAGCUGCACCAAUUGCAGCCGGGGUUUUUUCAUUAGUAUUGCAAAUAAGGUAA